GGGAGCAACAGCACUAGUGUUUUUACUUAUCCAUUAUUCAUCCAUCACUGAUCCUCAUAUUAUUAUCUUAUACUGUAUAUAUAUAUAUAUACAUAUAUACACAUAUAAAUCUAUUUUAUUUUAUAUAUAUAAUUAUUAGAUUUAGAAAUGGAUGAUGAUUUUUCAGGAGGGUUGUCUGAAUGCAGCAGUGGGUGUGAAUCUGGAUGGACUGUCUACUUUGAUGAGGUCUCGAAUUCCGACAAUUUUCAACAACACAAAUUAGGGUUUUCUUCCAUGGAUGGAUAUUGUCAUCAAAUCAAUCUUCAAGAGAAUUAUGAUCAAGAAGAUGAAGACGAAGAAGAUGAAGAUCUGUCAAUGGUGUCUGAUGCAUCCUCCCCACAUUUUCAAAAUCAAGAAUAUGGUUGUGAUUAUAAUAAUUAUUAUUAUUAUAAUUGUAAUUAUCAUUACAACCAUGUUUCUUCUGAUGAUGUAAUUAGAAAACCCAAAAAGAAAAUCAGUUGUAGUGAUGAAAAAAUAAAUCAGAAGAAGAAGAACAACCUGUCCUUUGAUGACAUUGAAACUCAUGACACUGCUACCUCUCCAUUCUUCCAUUUCUCAAAGGGCAAUGUGGGAAAUAAUGAUAAUCAAGAUUAUGGCUUUUCACAUUUUGAGGAAGAAUCCAUACCAAAGAAGCACUUGGGAUUCUACAAAUCUUCCAAGAAAGGGAAAUCAGGGAGUUUUCUUGGAAGAAAGAGGCUGUAAGAAUUGGCAAGAUUAAUUACAUAGAUUUUCAUUUUUUAUUUUAUUUUUUGAAAAUUUAUUUUUCUUGGUAUUCUGUAAACAGAUUUGAUUAUUCCUGUAAGAAGUGGGCAGUUUCAAGUUUCGAAAACAUAUAUAUAUAUAUAUAUAUUUGUUUGUCUCUUUGGAUCCAUUUGUUUAAUAUCAUGUUGUUCUUUUCUUCC